AUGAGCUCUUGGCCCAGUUGCCCCCCUCGAAGCCCCCCGAGGAGCUGAAGGCCCCAUUGGACGCCGGUGAGGAUGGAGCAGCCCCGGCUGGGCCCGCGGCCCCCCCGGGCACCCCCUCUGCAGCCACGCAGGAGCUGGACGCGCUCAUGGCCUCCCUGUCCCUCUUCCACCUCCAGCACCAGCGCCCCCCAAGUGUGGGGCAGGACCUGGACUCGCUGCUGCGGCUGCUGCAGAAGGACCUGGACAGGCAGGGGGUGCCCGUGGGGGGCAGGGGCCCCUGCGGGGGGUGCCUGAAGCCCAUUGCUGGGAAGGCGCUGCUGGCGCUGGGUCGCUGGUGGCACCCGCGUCACUUCCGCUGCGCCGCCUGCGGGCAGGCUCUGGGCGGGAGCGCCUUCUUCGAGCGCGAGGGCGCCCCCUACUGCCCGGAGGACUACGGGCGCCUCUUCGCGCCCACGUGCGCCGCCUGCCAGCGCCCCAUCCUGCACCAAAUGGUGACGGCGCUGGACAAGACCUGGCACCCGGAGCACUUCUGCUGCACCCACUGUGGGGCGGUGCUGGGGGAGCAGGGGUUCCUGGCCCGGGACCUCCUCCCCUACUGCCCCCAGGACUUUGGGCUCCUCUUUGGGAGCCGCUGCCGGGGCUGCGCCCGCCCCAUCCUGGCCGGGUUCAUCGCGGCCCUGCAGGGGCUCUGGCACCCCCAGUGCUUCGUGUGCGCGGAAUGCUCCUCUCCCAUCACCGGAGGCACCUUCUUCGAGGCCAACGGGCACCCCGUGUGCCAGCGCCAUUCCCAGCCCCAUUCCCAGCCCCAUUCCCAGCCGAGCUGCUCCUUCUGCCUCCAGCCCCUGGAUGGGGCCGCCCCACAGCAGCGCGACGGGAAGCUCUACUGCCCGCUCUGCGCCCAGCACCUGCUCCAGUGAGGGGCCCCAUGGCCUGCCCUGCCCCAUAGGUGCC